AUUAAAAAACACACCACACCCAAUAAAAAAAAACAUAGCAACAAAAGAUGACUGACACUGAGUCUGAUCCAGAAUUUGAUAAAUUCUUACAAGAAUCCCUCUCUUCAGCAAGUUCUUCAGCAUCAGUUGGUAGAUCAUAUGCUAAUCCUAUCCAGCCUGUUGACAGCACUGGAUCUAGACUAGACCACAGCAGUCAUACUAUACACAGAAACACAACAAGAGGAGAAGGAGGAGAUGACAGAGUGAGCUCAAUCGGUUUAAGCUGGUUAAAGCCAUCAUCUACUGAGAUAAAAGGAGGAGGAGAAGUCGGGGGUGAUUCUGAUGAAUGGAUACAUGAUAGUUCUAACGAGAAUCAAAGAACUAUGAGUAGUAAGAGAAAAGUAUCAACCUCUAGGUGAGU